AUGUGCACGCCUCAUCCUGAACGUUGGUCUGAGAAUCUUGCUCUGGUCUUGCUUGGCCUCCGGUCGACUGAGAGGGCUGAUUUGGGUUGUUCUCCGGCAGAGCUUGUUUAUGGUAACUCUCUCCGUUUGCCGCAGGAUUUCUACCGCGCCGCGCCGGAGGUUAUACCCGACCCUGCCAGCUACUUGUCCCGCCUUCGAGAGUUUGCUCACACCCUUCAACCUAGUGCCUCUCGUCCUGCAGCCACACCCGUUCACUUGUCUCCUGACCUCCAGACCUGUACUCACGUCUUCGUCCGGAAUGAGAAACGUCGUUCUCUGGAGCCACCGUACGACGGCCCCUUCCCUGUUCUCCGGCGGUCUGAUAAGUACUUUUCCGUUGAUAUCCGUGGCACCACUCGGGUCAUAUCAAUUGAUCAUUUAAAGCCUGCCCAUCUGCAAGUGCCUGCUAGUUCUGCUCCGUCGACUGCAGCUCCUGUCCAUGUUGUGAAGCGAGUCCAUUGGCAUUGA